CCAACAUUGAUCCCGUGUUUAUUUUUCCCACAUUCUACAAAGAUGGAUCACAGACUGUUGAAUGCCAUCGUAGCUAUACAAGCCAUAACACUCUGCAUUCACAGUGCUUAUUCCCUGGAUAAUGGGCUGGCUCGGACUCCGCCCAUGGGAUGGUGCUCAUGGGAACGGUUUCGCUGCGACACAGAUUGUGUUCGAGAUCCUGAUAACUGCGUCAGUGAACAUUUGUAUAAAACCAUGGCUGAUCUGGUAGUAAGUGAAGGAUACAAAGAUCUAGGUUAUGAGUUCAUUAACAUGGAUGACUGCUGGAUGGCUAGUACUAGAGACAGUAAUGGCCGUCUAUACGGUGAUCCGACCCGCUUCCCUAAUGGCAUGAAAGCUCUAGCAGACUAUGUGCACAGUAAGGGUCUAAAGCUUGGCAUCUAUGAGUCCAUGGGGUAUGCAACAUGUCAGAAAUUGCCCGGAACCUUUGGUCAUAUAGAGACAGAUGCUCAGACCUUUGCUGAUUGGGGUAUUGAUAUGGUCAAGAUGGAUACAUGUCAUACUCCAUCCGUAGAACUCACAGGAGAAGGUUUUAUGAAUUUCUCAAGGGCCCUGAACGGCACUGGAAGGCCUAUUGUUUACUCCUGCGAAUGGGCUCAUGUUCAGUCAUCCAACUUCAGCAUCAUAGCCGAGACUUGCAACACCUUCCGUAACUACAUUGAUAUUCAAGAUUCCUGGACGAAUGUGAUGACUAUAAUUGAGUUCUUUGCUUCCAAACAAGACAUUUUCACCAAUGUAUCUGGACCAGGCAGUUAUAGUGACCCUGAUAUGCUAAUUGUUGGUGACUAUUCCCUCAGUAUUGACCAAUCCAAGGCUCAGAUGGCAUUAUGGUCCAUCAUGGCUGCCCAGCUAAUGAUGUCCAAUGACCUUCGAACCCUGGCACCGUGGGCUAAGGAGAUCUUGCAGAACAAAGAAGUCAUUGCCGUCAAUCAAGAUCCAUUAGGAAUUAUGGGAAAGAGAGUUUUUACGACUGCUGCAAAAAUCGAGGUGUGGGCCAAGCCUCUGUCUGGGGAAUCCUUUGCAGCAGUUGUCUUCAGCAAGCGAACAGACAUGCCUUAUAACUGUACUUUCACCAUCUCCAAACUGAACUUCACUCACGCUGCGGGGUACAAAGUCCGUGACCUUUUCCUCUCCAAGGACCUGGGUACGUUCCUCCCGGGCGAUGACAUCAGCGUGAUGGUCAAUCCUGUCGGUGUGGUGAUGAUAAGGGCAGAUCCAGUGAUGAACUAUCGCAAUAAGGAAGAGAAAAAUCGUGUCAUUUCCACACUUGGUGAUAUCAUUUAUUCAUUCAAGUAGGGUAGAAUAUGAUAUACAAGUUAAACAUAAGAUGUUAAAUCCGACAUGGUUUGAGAAAAGAAAAAGCAAUCAUAUGACAGGACAUGGAAAUGUCAUUUAAUAUUACAGCAACAAGAGUUUACAAUAGUUAUUGAUUUGUUUAGUAUAUUUUUAAAACCUACAUUGUACAUGUUUAUACUUUGGUUCCCAAAAUCAGCAUCAGAUUGUGAAAUUGCACCAUAAUAGUCCCCGCACUGUUACUGAACCUAAAGAGGUUUCUUUAUUUUUAAUGCCACUGAAUGAAAGAGCACAUGUCAUACAAUCUUACAUAAAUAAUGGUACUACAAGUUAUAUCAAAAAUGCAUUUUUAUCGUAACAGAUCUUGCUUAAAAACCAUGUUGGGGUGGGGGGCAAGAUAUCUUAUUUGUGGCAAUAAGAUCAGUGUUUCCUUACAAAAAAAGUGGUCAAUUGUAGUUGUUCACAAUUAAAGUAUAUGUGGUAAGUUAUAAAGAACUUCCAUGCAGUGAGUUUGAUGAUUUUAUUUUAUUUUCAGUUUAGAAGGGUAUGGUGUGUUUGAUAAUUAUCACAUCAAUAAAUUGAAUAGGAUAAAAUCAUAUUUCAAUGAAAAGCAGUAGCCUUAACAAUGCAGUACUGCUUGAGUGGAUAUAAGGUGGUUUUUAAUGAAUGUUAAGGCCUCAUUGUUAGUAUUCAGAAAAUUUCAAGUUUUGUCUAUCAUCUAUCUACUAUAAGCUGUUAAAACAUGGCAAUAAAAGUAAAUUAUCAAGGAUCAAAGAAGGACUAUUCUAAGUCUUCAUAGUAGCACUGGCCACCUCUCUAUAAAGGUAGCCAUUUGUAUUAUCUCCCUUAUGUAUAGAAAGGCCACCUUUCUGUAAAGGUUAUUCUUUCCUCUUAUACUUGGAUGACCAUUAUACACAGGUUUGACCAUCUUUAAUAUACAGCAGUAGUUGUAACUGAAUUGAAGCUAUAAUGAAAAAUUUUAAUUUUAAUUUAUAGUGAUUCAGAAGGAAUCAGUAAUUUUUAACUUUUUAAACAAAUGUAAAAAUAGUCUGAAUUGGAAUUAUUUCCCUGUGUUUGUUCAAAUUAAGAGUCAAUAAAAAAAAAUGAUAGUUGUAAACAUUUCUAAAUUUGAUGUAACAGUUCUUUUAACAGUUCAUUUUAUAGAUAAAUACAAGUUGGAAUAUCAGUACUUACUGGUGAGAGUGCAUGCCUUACAAUAUCGAUGGUUGUAUCAAUUUGCUUUCAAUUUAUUUAGCCUUCACACCAACUAUAUUGAAAAGUCAUCUGCUGAAUUACUGUUGGCCAUCUUCUGAAUUUUUAUAUUGAUCUGAAAUAAAUGAAUAUUUGAGUACUUAAUUUGUCUAUGAUGUUUCAAAUGAUUUUUCGUAUAUAUUUUUCAAUAUGCAUAUGUACUGUUACACAAAAAAAGUCAUGUACAAUGUAAAUGAAGUUUCCUCAUGAAUACAAAAUAAUAGAACAAAGAUUUUAGUCAGGAUGUGUUUGUAUAUCUUGGUAAAAUAUAUUUUCAUGUAUGAAAACGUUUUGUAAACUUUCAUUUAGUACUAGUGAUUUAUGGGAUUUCCUUUACACUUUUGUGAAAGGUUAAGUUUAUGUUGUUUAUUUGUUGUUAUUUUGUGUUAUUCAUUAUGUCAUUGAAUCACUAAAUCAGUUGUAAUGAAGGUAUAUUUAAAGUUAACCAUUACUUGUGUAACUAGUAAUUUUUCUUUUAGAUACUGUAUCAUUCUUUGCAAGUCAUUGUGCUCUCGUUCAAUUAGUACCGGUAUGCUUUAAGCAUUAAUAUAAAAAGAGCAUGAGCUUGUAAUAUUUUACAAAUGUCUUUCAAAUUGAGACCCUUAUAUUGGACUCGAUGUAAAGGACCUGUCACUGAAGAUCUAAAUCCAAUCUUUCCAGUUGAAUCAAAAAUGUUGAAUAAUGUCUAUGUUGGUAAUGGAUGAAAGCAAUACUAGUACUUUUAAUCAUCACUCAUUUUCAAUGUUUUUUAAUAUUCCUUCAUCUACUAUUGUAAAAUUGAUUCCAAUAAAUGCUAUUUUUUCAUAAUACCAAAAUA